CCCUGCCGCCCCCACUCCUUCAUUCAACUCGAAUCCGCCGUGAAGUGUGCCGGUCGGUUGGUUGUCCGUUCGUUCCGAUCGCGCGAAACUUUUUUACGCUAAAAACUACGCAAGCAUCAAGUUAUUUUAUGUUUAUUACUAGUGAAGUGAGAACCUUGUUGGAUUAAACUUGUCGUGUGAUACUGCGUUGUGUUCGUACUGUGAGUGUGUUGUGGUCACAGGUGUCGCAUUCCAUAGGGGACGCCGAACGCAGCCUCUGUACCCGAACCUGUAGGCAGGUGAUCCGUUUAACUGCUCUAUUUGUGGAACAAUAAUGGCGGUGCGAUUAUGAGGUUACCGGCAAACCACUUUCAGAUGGACAACUGGAACAGAUAAUUUGAGUAAUGCGAACACAUCGGAAUUGUAACUGCUGGUGAGAUGGCGCGGUGGAGCGCGCUGGUGCAGCAUGGGCAAACAAUCUGGUUUCUGUUCUGCAUCCUACACACAGUAUGGGCGACACCUGGUCCAUGUGAAGUGGAAACAGGCCAGUCCAGUAUCAUAGUAGACAUAGAAGAAAGCAGAGGAAAUCAAGUAAACCAAAGCACAGUACCAGCAGAGCUGCCGAUCGUCGGCGAGCCAGAUGUGGACGUGGUGUUGUCCACCGUCUUUCCAAAAGGCCCGACGCUGUUCCAGCUGGAUGGGAAGCGGUUACAGCUGCUCCAGCCCUUGGAUAGAGACGCUGAUAACCUUUCGCAUAUGGUCUUCCAGCUCGUGUGCCAAGUGAAAGCUACUAAGAAAAGGCGGACAAUACCGGUGAUCGUCAGGGUGUCAGACAUCAACGACAAUGCGCCGGUCUUCCAGGGGCUCCCGUAUGAAACUAGUAUAUCUGAGCUGGUACCGAUCGGCACAACGAUAUUCGACGGCAUUCGAGCGCUCGACAUCGAUGCUGGAGUCAACGGUCUCUCAGAGUACUUCAUCAUACCAGGAGACAACAAAACCCUGGAGACCACGAACGCAGCGGACGGCUACGGGUACUUUGCGAUACCGAUACCCCAUCAGGGACAAGUGACAGUCAACAGAACCUUGGAUUACGAACGCACGCAGCAGUAUCUAGUCACUAUUGUUGCUUCUGAUCGUGCGCGCGACACCAAGAGAAGACUGUCAAGUACCACCACGUUAACUGUCAAUAUACAAGAUGAUGAUGACCAGGAUCCGUCUUUCAUUUACAAGGGAUGCACGCUGCACGAGGGAGCUUGCUUCAACCCAGAAUAUUCUAGUUAUGUAAACAGCGGCGUCCUAGCCGGCAUUCUCACCAUCGAACCUGAGAAAAUCCAAGCUGUCGAUAUGGAUACCCUAGACGCCAAGAUCCGCUACACCAUCGAGAGUGGAGAACCUGACUCCUGGGCCACAUACUUCUCUAUAGAUCCCAAUAGUGGGGCCGUGAGGCAGCUGAUGCCUGUUGAUACUAGCAUUGCGAAGAAGUUCCAGCUUGUUAUUAAGGCUGAAGAAGUGACAGAAGCCAAGCGAUUCACCACAGCAAAGCUGACCAUAACAGUUCGGCCGGUCGACGCUAGUCCACCGGUGGUAGAAGCAUCGUCGGACGAAGGGCAGGUUGAAGAGAACUCGCCUAAAGGCACUAGGGUGCUGGAUGCGAGUGGAAUGCCGAUCAAGAUGAGCGUUUCGGAUCCUGAUUUGGGUCCCGGCGAUCCCGUGCCGAUUUACACGUUCGAGUUGACAACAAACUUCUUCGACAUCGACAAAGAUGGCUUCCUGGUAGUAGCUGAAGAGAACCUCGACCGCGAUCAGCCUAACAACGGCAAAUUCAGAUUUCAGGUUGUCGCAAGAGAAGCGAACGGAGGCGCUGCGUCCGCUCCGCUUUCUUUGGCGGUACAGUUGCUGGAUGUAAACGACAACGCGCCUGUUAUACCUAAGACGCAACCAAUCAUAGUGCCGGCGAGCUUAGAACCCACUGCAGUACAUAAGGUGGAAGCAUACGACAUCGACGAGGGUGAGAACGCACGUAUAUCGUACAGCAUCUAUCACGUGUCUAACAAUGGAGGAAACAAGUUCACUAUUGACCCUAACACUGGUGUUAUAUCGAGCACUGGUCGCCUACAAGCUGGCGAGCAAUACAGCGUCACGAUUAGGGCUACCGACGCCAAAGGCCUGAGCUCCCAAGGCAUCGUAGAGCUGUCUGUAGCCCCCGGGCCUAAUACAAGGCCGCCGCAGUUCUCUUCGAGGGACUACUACGCUCCCGUGUCGGAAGGCGCUGCCAUCAAUUCUACGGUUACUACUGUUACUGCCAAAGACCCAGAAAACGAGCCCGUCACGUAUUCGAUAGUAUCCGGCAACGACCUCCGUCAGUUUGCGAUCGGCGCUACCACCGGCAUCAUCAUGGUCAUCAGAAGCCUGGACAGAGAAGUGCUGACGCGGUAUCAGUUGAUGGUGAAAGCAGAAGACCCCGGCAAAUUAGCGAGCACAGCAACUGUAAACAUCAAAGUCACUGACAUCAACGACAACAAUCCCAAGUUCGACGAGGAUUCUUACCUGUUCCAUGUAAAAGAAGGUGUGUCAGGCGAAUUCGUCGGCUACGUUCACGCCACAGACAUAGAUGAAGGAGUCAACGCUUUAGUCAGCUAUAGCAUUCCACCACAUCUGCCGUUCAGCAUCGAUAAUGCCACUGGAUUGAUCAGUACCAACACCAAACUGGACUAUGAGCAGACUAAGGAUUACGCGUUCGUAGUAACAGCUACCGACGGGGCCAUUGACAAGAGGUUCGGGACAGCAUCGGUGACUGUGCAAGUUGAAGAUAUACCCGACGAAGUGCCUGUGUUUCCGCAAUCUUUGUACUCGGUUCACGUUCCCGAAAAUGCGGCCAACUAUCCUGUGGUUAAAGUUCACGCGGAAGACCCCGAUACCACUCCCGAGAUAACCUACACGAUAGUGAUGGGUGAUACGGAUUUAUUCUCCAUCGAGCGCAAAUCAGGCAUGAUCCGGACGCUGCGGCCUUUAGACCGAGAGAUGAUGGCGCGACACGAGAUUAUAGUCGGCACUGAGGAGAAUAGCAGCGAGGAACCCAGGGCCACUACUACCGUGGAAGUUUUGGUUGAUGACAAGAACGACAACGCGCCAAUCUUCACAUCGGUCGUCCGUCCGAUCACGAUAGAAGACUCCUCACCCAUUGGCAGCCUAGUUCAAACAGUGACCGCUGUGGAUGCCGACGCGACCGCGCCUAACAACCGCGUGCGAUACAAGCUGGUUGGUCGCGGGAAGGCGUCUAAGUACUUCCACGUGGAGCCCGAUACGGGAGCGGUGCGGGUCCGAGACGAUCUGCGGAAGGAGGCCGAUAGCGAAUACACUGUCGACGUGCAAGGGUUCGACCAAGGCGAGCCCGUGAUGUCUUCAGUCACCAGCCUGACUGUGUACGUCAGUCACUCCGCCACUGUUCCUCCAGAUGUGGGCCUCGGGUUCGCUGACACGCUGUACACUGAACACGUCGCUGAGAACUCGCCCAACGGGACGCUGGUACGAGUGCUGCCUUUGCUGAACAAGAGAGAACAUUCGCCGGACAUACCUUUGAAGUGCCGCCUCACGGAGUCAUCGCAAUCAGGUACUUUAUUUGAGUUACA